GCUAGCCUCAUGACAGGAUAAUGAUACUUAAAAGAGAUGGGAAAAAUAUAACCACAAAACACAUUAUCUUCAUCAACAAUAUUUCAUUCUACCAAAAACAGAGAUGGGAACCACCUCCCUCUCUUCAAACUCACCUUCUCUCAUCAACAUCAUUCUCACCAAACGUUCAACCUCACUACCAUCAACCAGACACAACAAUUUCCUCGCACUUCAACCUCACACUUCCCUCACUUUUCAUUCCAUCUCCUGCAACAGCAGCGGCAACAACAACGCUGCCAAUACAGACCAGAAUGAGACAGACUCAAUUCAAGCACCAACUACAACACCAGUUGAGCUAAGGCUCAAGAGAAGAUCAAGAAGACAAGCGAAACGGCAGAAAGAGAAUGGAACUCUUACAAAUAGCAUAGAGCAACCCAGUAAGGCAAAGGCUGCUCCUAAGAAAUGGGAGGAAAUGAAUCUGUCUGAGAAGGCAUUGGAGCUUUAUGUGGGAGAGAAAGGUGCUCUGUUUUGGCUUAAUAAAUUUGCUUAUGCUUCAAUCUAUAUCAUGAUUGGAGCUUGGAUAAUGUUUAGGUUUGUGGGUCCUGCACUUAAUAUUUAUCAGUUGGAUUCACCUGUACUCUCACCUGGUGAUGUAUUGAAGGGAUAACAAGUUUAAGCUUUUGUUUGUAUUGUAGUUUACAUAUACAAUACUAAACUUAUUCAAGAUCUUAAAAACCUAUCAUUUUUGUUA